CGAAAUCUCCAAAGAAAAAAAAGAAGCAGAACAAGAAUUGGAAACGAAGAAAGCGUGGUUUUCUCUCUUUCUUCAUCUCUUUCUCGAUUCGAUUCGUCUUGGUUGAUUCGAUGGAGACGAUGGAGGGUGGUGGGAACGGCGUGGGAGUGGCGGAGGGCGGCGCUGGUGGUGGGGUUGCGAUGGAGUUCCCUGCCGGAGAGUCGUCCGGGAGGGUGCCGAGGAGGAUACGGAGACGGUUGAUGGAAAGUAAGGGUAGUGGACCAUCCAGUGUUGAGGAGAUCGAGGCUAAGCUCCGGGAGGCUGAUCUCCGGCGUCAGCAAUUUCAUGAGUGGCUAUCAAGCAAAGCGAGGCAGAAGCCAAGGAGCCCAUCAUGGUCUUCGCAAGAGGAAGAGCUUGGACAACGUUUGGAGGCAAAGCUUUAUGCAGCUGAGCAGAAAAGGUUGAGUCUUUUGGGAAAAGCGCAAAUGCGUUUGGCACGGUUGGAUAAACUUCGUCAAGCUGCUAAAACUGGUGUGGAGAAGCGUUUUGAGACGGAGCGGGAAAAGCUGGGCACAAAAGUUGAAUCUCGUGUUCAGCAGGCAGAGGAAAACCGCAUGCGUCUUCUUAAGGCUCAUAUGCAAAGACAGGCAGCUGCUCAGGAGAGAAAAGCCAGGUCUGUCUUGCAAAGAAUAACUAGAGAAAACAAGUAUAAAGAGUGUGUCCGUUCUGCAAUUCUCCAGAAACGUGCAGCUGCUGAGAAGAAGCGCUUGGGAUUUUUGGAAGCAGAAAAAAGUAGGGUGCAUGCUAGAGUAAUGCAAGUACACACAGUAGCAAAAUCUGUUUGCCAUCAAAGGGAAAGUGAGAGAAGAAGAUUAAAAGAGCAACUUGAAAAUCGUCUUCAGAGGGCAAGGCGACAGAGAGCUGAGUAUCUGAGACAGAGAGGAAGUUCUCAGAGUUCGCUUUGUAUUAAUGUGAGCAAACAUGGGGAAUUUCUUUCACAGAAACUAGCAAGGUGUUGGAGAUGCUUUGUCAGAUCAAGAAAGACCACCUUUACGUUGGCUAAAGCAUAUGAUGCCCUUGAACUUAAUGAGAGUACUUUGAAGGCUAUGCCAUUUGAACAGCUUGCAUUACGAAUUGAAUCAGCUUCAGCUCUUCAGACAGUUAAAUUGUUACUUGAGCGUCUGGAGUGUCGUUUUCUACUGUCUCAAACAUCUUCAUCUGGUCCAGAAAACAUAGAUCAUCUGCUUAAACGCCUAGCUUCUCCAAACAGAAAGGGGGCUUCUGGUAAAGCCACAAGGACCAGAGUGCCAGCAAAGCAAGUUGGGUCUCGAGAAUCUAGAAGUACUCUGGCAUCUAGCUUGCCAAGGUAUUCUGUGAGGGUAGUAUUAUGUGCUUACAUGAUCCUAGGUCAUCCAAGUGCUGUUUUUAGUGAACAAGGGGAUCGCGAGCAUGCACUAAUGGAGUCAGCGGCAAAGUUUGUUCGGGAAUUUGAAUUGCUUAUCAAAAUCAUAUUGGAUGGCCCUAACAAAUCUCUCUCAUCAAGGAAAUCAUCACUAGAAAUCAUGUCCGAUGACGCUGAUAACCCUCCAGAUACUUCCUCCCGUUUGGCUAGCCAACUGAACUUUAGAAACCAGCUAGUGGCAUUCGAUGCAGCAUGGCGUUCUUAUUUGUAUUGCUUUGUGGUAUGGAAGGUUAAGGAUGCAAGGUCACUAGAGGAUGAUCUCGUCAGAGCAGCUUGCCAACUUGAGCUCUCAAUGAUUCAAACAUGCAAGCUUACUUCAGAGGGCCAGACAUGUGAACUUAGUCAUGAUAUGAGGGCUAUUCAGAUGCAGGUUGCUAAGGAUCAGCAACUGCUGAGGGAGAAAGUACGACACCUGAGUGGUAAUGCAGGCAUUGAACGAAUGGAAUAUGCUCUAAAAGAUACAAGGUCAAAAUAUUUUGAAGCAAAGGAGAAUGGCAGUCCUCCAGCUGCACACAUUCCUCAUAUUUCAUCUCCUGUUUCCUCGACAACAACUUCGGAGUCUGCUCCAGGGCAGGGUUCUUUAAAGUCGAGACCAGUGGCUCGUUCCUUGUUCAACGGUAACUCUGUCACCCCUAAAGCUGCUGCAGACACGCCCAGUUUAGAUGCAGAAUUGAGCUUACCACUGAAGAAACAAACACCCACAGAUAAUGAAGUUCUUGUGAAUGAGAUCAUUCAUGCAUCACGUGGAGGUAUUGAGGGUUACUCUUAUGUGAGUGACAGGGAUGAAUUGAGCAUCAGGGCAAAAGUUAAAGAGACAAUGGAGAAGGCAUUUUGGGAUGGAAUUAUGGAGGCACUGAAUAAAGAAGAACCUGAUUAUGGUCGGAUUGUAUCCCUUGUGAAGGAAGUAAGAGAUGAGCUAUGUGAGAUGUCUCCACAGAGUUGGAAGCAAGAGAUUUUAGAAAGUAUUGAUCUUGAAAUCCUCUCUCAGGUUCUUGAGUCAGGUGUUCAAGACACAGAUUAUCUAGGAAGGAUUCUGGAGUAUGCGCUUCGUAUGCUGCAGAAGUUGUCUGCUCCAGCGGCUGAAGAGGAGAUGAAGAAGACCCAUGAGGAAUUAUUAAGUGAACUAGCAGCUAUUCCUCAUUCUGGUGGCAAAUCAAACAGUUCUUCUAUUAUUGCCACAGUCAAGGGCCUACGUUUUGUUCUAGAUGAGAUACAGGUGUUGAAGAAAGAAAUUAGCAAAGCACGUAUACUCAUGAUGGAACCAAUCAUAAAGGGCUCUGCAGGAUUGGAGUACUUGCACAAGGCAUUUGCAGACCGCUAUGGACCACCUGAUACUGCAAAUGCUCUCCCAUUGACAGUUCAGUGGAUCACAUCAGUAAAGAGCAAUCUGGAAGAAUGGGAGGAACAUAGCAAUUCUAUUUCUACCCUGUCAACAACCAAUGGUGCUGCCUUCGUUACUACCCUUCGAACAGGUGGCAGCAUUCCACUGGUCUCAAAAGAAGGCAUGUCCAAGUCUCAACCUUCUGUUGCUGAUGCACCUGGUGCUGCUGGUGAACACCCUGGUUGCAGUGGAGAUAGGAUUGAUAUUUUGUUGAGGCUUGGCUUGCUAAAGCUUGUAAGCAGAAUUCAAGGAUUGGACCUAGAUACAUUGCCUGAGACUCUUGAGUUAAACUUAAAGAGACUGAGAUCUGUUCAGAGCCAACUUCAAAAGAUUAUUGUCAUUGCGACAAGCAUGUUGGUUCUGAGGCAAGUUCUUGUUAGUGAGAAGGCAUCUUCAGACCUCGAAAACAUGAUCUCCAAUUCAGUCAAAAGGCUCUCUGAGCUUCUGGACAAUGCCACAGACGCCGGCAUUGAGGAGAUAAUUGAUUCAAUAGUGGGCUCAUCCACAGAAGACCCGAAAAUGCAAGGGAGAAGAGAGAUGAUGGCUAGAAUGUUGACGAAGAGUUUGCAGAACAAUGACCCUGUCUUCACUAAGGUCUCCAAAUCAAUCUACCUGGCUGCACGAGGGCUGGUGUUCGGCGGGACUGGAAUGCAAGGGCGUCGACUCGCAGAUGCUGUGCUUCGCCGUGUUGGGGCUGCCGGCCUCCUUGAUAGAUUGUUGGAAGCGGCGGAGGUGUUGGUUGUGGUGGCGUCGGUAUCUUCCCGUGUUCAUGGACCAUGGUACAGAAGCAUGGUGUGAAAUGUUAGUAAUGAUAGAAGCAGCUCAUUGUAUUCAUGUGGUAGCUUGUAUUUAGUUUGUAUAUAUACUGCUACGUGUGUGCCAUUGAAACCUGUCCAUAAAUUUGGCAGCUUGUAUAUUCUAAAUAAUAUGCAGUGAUUGGGAUAAAAAAAAACAAUGACCCUAGAUAAUAUAUAAAUUACCCUUUGAUGAA